AGUGAAUAUUGUGAAGAGUAAUAAUUAUAACAGAAAAAAGGGAAAAGCACAGUAGCGUGUGUGAUUGCUCUUGUGAGGCAUCUUUAAUCAUAUAUUAAUGCCAUGUGAAACUAAAUUUACAAAUGAACAGAAUUUAUUCUAUAAUCAAUAGAAUAAUAUUACAUUUAUUAGAGGAAGAAAAAUAAGAAAAUAAAAAAUGAAAAUGAGGAUUUAAAUUUAAAAAAGAAAAAAAGACAUAAGUGUGAAAAGUCUCUCCCUCUCUCUAUAUAUAAUUGGACAAAACAGAAGGAGUUUAUAUUUGAAGUUUCUCCACAGUGGCACGAAAUAUAAAGUUGGAGACUGUGAAAGAAGAAAGGAAAUGUCAGAAACACGCAGAUAUGUAAGAAAUAUCUCAACAGAGGAACUGAUUGCAGAGUUUCCAUCCCAAAAAAGAGAAAGAAAAGUCAGCAAAUGUUUCGUGUACAGUCUGGUAAUCUUUGUGAUGAUAACUUUGAUUUGCCUUAUUCUUGCACUUUUGAUGUCGCACGUGGGAGAUCCCAAAAUUGAAUUCAAAUCAGCAAGGUUGAUGAACAAUACUAACCAUUAUCAUAACGUUUCUUCAACGUCUCCCUUCAAUGUCACCAUAGUUGUUCGUGUCAGCCUCAGCAGCCCUAGAUUUGUCUCCUUCGAUUACGAGGCGAGCGCAGCGAGUGUGACGUAUGCGAAUUCCGGUAAACGUGCUGGUGUUUCCAUAUUGAAAGCUGCCACAUUGGAGGCCAAGGAAACCAGAGAUAUGGACUUGACUAUUCACGUGAGUUUCGGGAAGAAGGUAAAUCUAACUGAUUAUUCCAACUCAGGCAUGCUCAAACUCAGAAGUUACGCAAAAUUAAGUGGUACGCUGCACACUUUCAAGCUGCUAAAGAAGAGAAAGACCAUUCGAGUGUCUUGCACCAUCAAUCUCGACUUCACCUCAUUUUUCACCCAAAACUUCCAAUGUUAAGGUUCUUAUCAUUCUUUCUUUU